UGGCGAUCGAGCACCAGAUAAUUCCAUCAACAUCAUUCCAUACGCGCGCGCGUCGCUUGCUGACACAGCUCCUCGCGUUCUUAACUACAGGUCUUCCCGCUUCCAUCUCUCCUCUUCCUCAUAACUGCAAGCACCCAUUGCCACCUCCUGCAUCUCCUCACCGUUCAGAUCUCCCCACUGCGCCAGGCCUUCCAGUCACCUCACCUCAUCACACCCACAACCCACCAUGAGCGCCUCACCAUCGCCGACGCCGUCUAGCCGCGACGAGCUCAUGUUCCUCGGCACGGCAUGCCACCACCGCGCGUGCAACCUGCACGACUUCCUGCCCUUCUACUGCCCGGCGUGCAAACUCGCCUUCUGCCAGCCCCACUUCCUCCCCUCCGCGCACCAAUGCACCGCGCCCCUCCCGCCGUCGAUGGUCGACCGCAUCGCGCCCCAAUGUCCGAUGUGCGACCAAAUCGUCCCCUCAUCAGCGGACCCGAACGAAGCAGUCGAGCGCCACAUCCUCAGCGGCACAUGCGCCGGCAUCGAGGGCGGCGCGGCGCGCAAAAAGGCCAUCUUGAGACAGCGCAAGGACAAGGGCGAGAUCUGCUUCCGCCGCGGAUGCACCAAGGUGCUUGUCGUGCCCAUGAAGUGCGAGGGGUGCGCGCACGCCUUCUGUCCGCCGCACAGGCAUGCGCCGGCGCACUCGUGUACCGCCACGCCGGAGAGUUCGCGCUCGGGCACGCCGCAGGGCAAGCCUGCGGCCGCGGCGGGGAAGAGCGCCAUGUCCCGUCUCCUCGGCGCCCAGGCCAAGCCCCCGUCCCAACCGCCCGCAAAGCCCGCCCCGAAGCUUGCGGCGCCGAAACCACAGCAUGCCGUGCAGGUCGAGGCGCGCGCGGCAGCCGCGGCGGCCGCUGUCAAACGUGCCGGGCAGGAUGUGAAGGUGCCCUUCGUCAAGAGCAAGGAGGAGAAGCGCGCACACGACGAGUUGCAGUCCACGAUAAAGAGCCUCAAGACGCGCCACGACAAGGGACUACUGACCCCGGCCGAGGAGGUCCGCUACGCAGAGCUUAUUGGCAAGCAGGAGUCGCGCCGGCGACGGGGUAGCGCGAGUGGCGGGAAGAAGGACAAGGAUUGUGUCAUCAUGUAGCAUAUGAAUUGAUAGACUGCAC